AUGCCAUUGAGAAAGGCUGGAAGCCCAACAGACUUAUCUGAUGUCGCAAUCGGUCAAGAAAUCAAACAGCAAAGCAAGCAGAUUGCUUGGCUGACUCGCAAACCACCCCAAGGGGACUGUCCGACACCCCAUGAGGCGGGCAAAAAGCGCAGAACCGACGGACCAGCAAAGGAGGGUGCGAUUGUGUCGCGGGUGGUCAGGCAAAAGUCUGCCCAAGAUGUUUGA